AUGACCAUGGGGACAGUUGUCGGUGAGAUGCUUGCAUCGGCUGUCCUGAAGGUGGUCAUGGGGAAGCUUGGUGCGGUUAUUGGGCCUGAGGUCAGCUUGCUGUGGAAGUUCAAGGAUGACUUCGAGUCGAUCAGAAGCACACUGUUGACACUCCAAGCUGUGUUGGAUGACGCUGAGAAGCGGUCUUCACGAGAGGAACGUGUGCACCUCUGGCUCAAGAGGCUUAAGUUUGCUGCUUAUGACAUUCAUGACAUUUUAGAGGAAAUGGAAUCCAAGAACGACAUUGGCUGUGGUUCACUUAAGAAGGUCGGAUGUGUCAAGCAUAUAGAACAGGAGAAUGGUAUAUGCCAAAAUGUUUCAAUUGACAAGGUCGGACGUAUGAGCUCUAUCAAUGUUAUAGUUGUGCCUCCACGGAUCCAAAUUGACCCAAUGAGUCAGAAUUCAGCAGGUGAUGCCAGGAAGAUGGUUCGGUUAAGGAAUCUCCAGCUGAAGUCACCACGCCUAAGGAUCAAAAGGCUUGCCAAAGUGACACAGCUGAAGAGCAGCAGGCGCAAGCGGCGUGGCGUAAAUUACAUUUCCGCAGCCAGAAAAGCAAGAACUGGGAACGUGGCUUCAAGUAGCAGCCAGCGAACGUGGAAUUGCGGCAAUAUCGCGGGUGAGGUAGAUAUUGGAGAUUUUAUCAACUUCCUUCGGGAGAAGUUCGGGUGUCAAGGAACGUCAAUGAACCAUCAGCGGCACAUGACGGUGACGGGAGGCUUUUCACGGAUGAACCUAUUCUGA